CUGAAAAAUUUCGCUCUUUUAGGCUAAAGUAUGGCUACUAAGAUAGGCCCGAAAAAUUUACUGACUCAUUGAGAACUUUAACUACAAAUAUAUAUAAGUAUAUUAUAGUUAUUUUAUUAUAUUUAUUUGUAAAGUAUCAAAAUCGUAUAGAUCAUAAAAACACAAUGUCUGCACCAUUAGAUGCAUCUAAAUUAACUAUAGAAUUAACUAAGACUCCUUCUAGUCCAUUACCUAAAGAUGAGUUAGUCUUUGGUAAAACUUUCACCGAUCAUAUGGUUGAAGUUGAAUGGAGUAAAGAAGAAGGUUGGGGUGCUCCAAAGAUCUCUCCUCGUCAUCCAUUAACUCUUGAUCCAGCUACUGUUGUCUUCCAUUAUUCUUUUGAAUUAUUUGAAGGUAUGAAGGCUUACCUUGAUUCUAAAGGUGAAGUUAGAACUUUCAGACCAAAUAAAAAUAUGGAAAGAAUGAAUAGAUCUGCCAAGAGAGCUGCAUUACCUGAAUUUGAUGGAGAAGAAUUCUUAAAAAUUAUUGAUCAAUUUUUAUUAGUAGAUAAGAAAUUUAUUCCUCAAGGUGAAGGUUAUUCACUUUAUUUGAGACCAACUUUAAUUGGUACUUCUGUUGGAUUAGGUGUUUCUAAACCAGAUCAUGCAUUAUUAUAUUUAAUUGCUUCUCCAGUAGGCCCAUAUUUCGGACCAAACUUUAAGCCAGUUUCUUUAGAAGCUACUGAAUAUGCCGUUAGAGCUUGGCCAAAGGGUUAUGGUCAAUAUAAAUUAGGUGCUAAUUAUGUUUCUAGUAUUGAACCUCAAACUCAAGCUGCUAAAAAAGGUCAUAACCAAAACUUGUGGCUUUUUGGUGAAGAAGGUUAUAUAACUGAAGUUGGUGCUAUGAAUGUUUUCUUUGUAUUUAAGAAUGGUGAUAAGAAAGAAUUAGUUACUCCUCCAUUAAAUGGUACCAUCUUACCAGGUGUUACUAGAGAUUCUACUUUACAACUAGCCAGAACUAAAUUAUCAGCCGAUGAAUGGAUUAUUAGUGAACGUGAAAUCACUAUUCAUCAAGUUAAAGAAAAAGCUGCUAAUGGUGAAUUACUUGAAGUAUUCGGUACUGGUACUGCUGCUAUUGUUUCUCCAGUAAACAAUAUUGAAUUUAGAGAUGAACAUAUUAAAGUUCCAACCGGAGAUAAAUUCGGACCAUUAACUGAAAAUGUCUUAGAAUGGAUUAAAUCUAUUCAAUAUGGUGAAACCGAAUUUGAUGACUGGUCCAGAGUUGCAAAAAAAUUGUAGAUUAAACUUUGUAGAUUAAUUCGUACAUCUAUUAUUAGUCAGUUUAUAAAUUAACCAAUAUAAAAAAGAUAGUAACUGAAAAAUAGUGUAAUUGUGAAAUU